UCUAGGAAAAAUACACGUCAGAGCUCUUUUCUGAACUCUUUCUAACUCUGACUGUAAGUACUAAGGUAGAGAAUAAUGGAACACUGGGCAAGCGUAGUCAAGGGAGGAUCUAAUACAUGCGCAGUAGUAGGCAACUAGAUCUUCGGCUGGAACACGUGCACGUUUAAGUUGCACAAGGAAAUGAAUUUUCCUAGCUGCUUUCUUAACUAAACUAUCUACAUGAUCGUUCCAUGUUAGUGUGUUGUUGAUGGUAAGGCCAAGAAGCUUGCUAGAAGUAGUUGCUUGGAUCUGAGUCCCAUCAACUAUAACUGGGUCGAAAAGUUCCGGGGAACGACAGAAAAUGAUAGUAAGCUCUUUAGUCUUCUUAAGGUUUACCUGGAAUAAGUUGUCCGCUGACCAGUUGGAAACGUGGUCCACUACUUCUUGUGCUCUACUUUGUUGCCCCUUCGGUACUUUUUCUGAUCAUCUAAUAUACGUUUUCCGACUCUUAAGACGUUCUCCAUUCGAUUAUACUGUAUAACUAAUCACAGAGGCCAUGUCUGUCGUCAAGAAAAGCUGGCAAUUCACAAAGCUUUCUAUAAAGGAAAGAAGUAAGUUCAUUUUCAACAACGAUUUGUUCAGCGAUGUAAAGUUCGUCGUGCGAACGACGGAUGGCGGAAGUGAAAGAAAACAAGUGAUUCCCGCUCACAAGUUAGUAUUGUCGAUCAGCAGUCCUGUGUUUGAAGCCAUGUUCUAUGGUGAGUUGGUGGAGACUAAAGACUCUAUUGAACUGCCUGACUGUGAGUACGAGAGUCUGCUGGAGUUUUUUCGUUUCAUGUACAGCGAUGAAGUGAACUUGAGCGGAAUUAAUGUGAUGGGAGUGUUAUAUCUGGCGAAGAAAUACAUGGUACCUUCAGUAGCUAAUAAAUGUGCCGAAUAUCUCCUUCAAAACCUGGAUCCCUCCAAUGUGUUCGGCAUUCUACCAUCUGCUCAGAAAUAUGAAGAGAAAGACCUGGUGGAAAGAUGCUGGAAAGUGAUCGAUGAGAAUACAGAGCAAGCAGCGGAAUCAGAAGGAUUUUUUGCAAUUGAGAGGUCGUUACUCGAGUCAGUGGUCACUAGAGAUACACUGACAAUCGAAGAGAUAAAUCUGUUUAAAGCUGUUGACUCGUGGGCCACAAGAGAAUGCGGGCGACAAGGUUUAGAGGCGGAUGGCUUAACCAAAAGAAGAGUUCUUGGAGAAGAAAUUGUCAAAGCAAUCCGCUUCCCAGUGAUGAAUCAAAAAGAUUUUGCCAAAACUGUGUUGGACAGUGACAUUCUAAAUCCAGACGAAGUUAAGAAAUUGAUCAAAUACCUAAAUUCAGCGCUGUGUGUUCCCGUGGGAUUCCCAGAGAAGAUAAGAUCGUCUGUUCCUCGUGCCUGUGGUGAAAUUCAUCGCUGUUUCAGAUUUUUGAGAGGUAGAAACCUUUUCCCUGAUCAGCUUGAGGCGAAUGGCUCUCGUGUCGUAGAGGUGUCUGUGGACAGAAAGAUAUUAUUACAAGGAGUAUGUCUCUGUGGUGGUGGUAAAGAUAACCCGGUGGAGCUGAGCCUAUGGAACAACCAAAGUCAACUAGCGCACCUAUCUGGAAAGUUUUCCAGCAACAACUUUGAAGAUACUAACUUUGGCGGAUACCAUACUUACCAAAUACUAUUUGACAAAGAGAUUGUUUUGAGGGGAAACACCACAUACCGCAUAGAGGCAAGAGUAGGUCAUCCAGUUUCAUGGUGUGGAGAAGGCGUUAUCAGUUCAGUGACCUGUUCAGGUAUAAAAUUUACAUUUCAGUCUAUUGCUGGUAAAGAUUUUCCCACAUUGCUAUUCUCUAAAUUACUCUGAGCAGAAUUAGAAACUAUAAAAAGGAAUCCAGGUUUUCUCCUGUUGGAUCGCUCAUUGUUGGCGAUUAAUAUACCAACCACGGUAUAUCAAACCUACCUUUAAAAACAAUAAUUUGCAGUAACUGAGACAGAAGAGGAUAAUUUUAUUAAUAAGAAUAUCUUCCUCGUUUAAGAAAGAAGUUAGUUAUAAAAAUGAGAGGUGAAAUAGUAUCUAUCAGAGUGAGUAGAGGAGACUCCUCUAACUACAAACUUUGUAUCAAAAAGUUUCAGCAUACUUGAGGAGUUUGGUUAGAUUCAACUUUCCUCAGUAAGCAGCUCCAUUCAUUCAUUCAGUUUUUCGCUGCAUAAAACGGUUUGAUAGCCGGAUUCAUUUUCGUUGAAAUGAUCUUCUCGAGAUUGAUUUAAUCUACAAGUUCUACAAUGUUGCGACCCAUGAUUAUCAUUAACAAAGUUAUCUUCCAGGGCGCACGUUUUUGUACACCACUUGAAAUUUGUAGUAGCAACGGCCGUCGGUCUUUGAUUCACUUUGUCUCGAGGAUGUAGAACUGAUCGUGACUUCAAAGUGUUUUCUCUUUUAAGAAUCAGUAAACAGUUUUUUUUUUUAUCGAAGAGGGGUAUGUGGACCCCCCUUUUUAACCUAUACAAAUAAGACAGAAAUAGGCUCCUAAGUUUGAACUAAGUUUCUAUAGCAGCUGUCAUAUCAAUCUUGUGGACAGUUAUGAUUUUAGAUUAAAAAAUUAAAUAAAUACAAAAUAGUACUUAUCCCAGGGCAAAAUUUUUUGCGCCUUGUAUGACGCGUAAACGUGAGUUUUCUGUGGCAUUUUAUAUCGAAUUGUGGAAAUCCCGCAAAGCCACACUGUAGUAUAACUCAGAGCAGAUGUGAACUAGAGACGUCAAACUACACAGAAAUCAUUUAUCCAUAUUCAAGACACCAUGUUCUCUUGAUCAAACGUAUUGUAGCUGUAGUUAAGAGAACAAAAACUACUUUUUUCAGAAAAUUGUUGUUGUUGUUGUUUUUUUUUUUUUAAAUCACUCGUAGACCUUAAUAUCAUUGAGUACUACAUCGUCUGUACGGCAAGUAAUGACAUUUUACUCAUUUUAGGAAGGGAUAGAAUCGUUUUUGAAUCGUAAACCAUUUGCUAUGUUUAAACAUGGAUAGUAUUUUCUUCAUUUUGGCAAUAGUUUUUUGAUUUAUCUAACAGCGGACAGGUUGCAGUGGCAGUGUUGUAUACUUUCCAAGAAAGGGUUUUUACCAGUUUUUUUGUCAGUAAAGCUUUGACGAGGAGAAAUAAAACUCUUAAUAUAUUUUCAAGUAUCGUGUUUAGUGAGUUCUUUGCGAUUCUGGCGCUCAGAUCUAGAAAACAAACGAUACCAUGAAAACGAUUCAAAAUAAACUGAUUAUAGCGAUUUGUAUGAAUGAUUGGGCACAUUUUAGCGUGGUGGAACAUUUUAGCAUGAAUUAAGGAACAUUGGACUUUCGUAUUAUUAAGCAUCAGAAAUCACGUUACAAGUGAUGAUCGAGUUUUAAGAAAUAGACAGAAGUUAGUACAAUCAUACUUCACUUUUUAUUUUUGUAAAUCGAAUAAAAAAUAAACUG